AUGGAUCAGGAAGGACAAUAUCCACUAACGCAGGAGUUUCAAAAAGUCCUGCUCUCAUGCACUCCAGCCUCGUUAGUUAGGGAGAAGAACAGUGAAAAUGAGGAUUUAAAUACUAGUGAUAAAGCACCUCAUAGCGAGGAGGACUUCUUUGAUCUAGACACUCAGGUAUUUGAGAAAUGGACGCCAUUCUUAAGACAAAGCAUCGAAAAAGGCCAACUUGGGUUAGCUGCUGAAGAGCUCCCCAAUUCCAUAGAUGACAAUUUUGAAGGCUUGGAAAUGCAAUUCCUGCAUGACUCCCAGGUAAGUGACAAGCUAAAGAACUCGAUCGGGCAAGUAUCACAGAUUCAAGACCUGAUUGAGAACUCGUUAUUACAGGAGGUCAAUGAGCUGCAAGAGGAACUCACCCACUCAACAAAUGAGGUAAUUAUGAAGAAACAGCUUUAUGUGAAUAACAAAAAGACUUCGAUGAAAAUAUCAGAGGCGACAAUUUUGAUAAGUAAGAUACUUCAAAUCCUGGAACUUGCUAAUAAAUGCCAAGAGUUGAUUAUUGAAGCUGAUUUCUUUAAAGCACUGCAAAACCUCGACAGUUUGGAGAAGAUCUACCUGCAAGACUUCAAGGAUUACAACUUUCAAUUUUUGAAAGAGAUCUAUGCUUCCAUCCCGUUUUUGAAGAAGAGCAUAAAAGAUGAGUGCAUAAAUCUCAUAAGUAACUCUUUCAAUUCCAAUCUCGGAAAGAACUUGAAUACUGUAGGUGAGAAAGUUUUCAGCGUCUACGUCGAUGAGCUUGUGCCAAACUGGUUGCAAAAGCGUGAAGGAAUGAAGUUAGCAAAUUUCAAAUUCAACUCGCCCGUGGAAAUAUCACUUAGAGAUGAAGAAAUCUUGAGCAAAAUUGACUUGCUAGGGUUCUUCAAUUUAGAUGAGUUUCAUGACUCAAUACUAAUAUUUGAGACACUUGGUGAGCUUGACUAUCUGAUAUCAGAAACUAGCAAGGAAUAUGAUUUCAGGAAGACCAAACUGAUAGAUCCUCUAUCUUGGAAGAAAUCCAGGUCAACGCCACCUAGUCACAAACCGGGUGAUUUGUCAAAUGAUCCUUUUGCACAGGUACUGAACAUUGAACAUCUGAGGGAGUAUUUCCUCAAGAUCUUAGGGUUUCUGCUCUACGAUAUCACCUUAAACAAGUUCACCGACUUUACGCUUGUGAAUAAUAAUUAUAGUGCUACCAAUGAGUUUUGGGACGCUCUCAUGAACAGAAUGGAACCAUAUCUCAGAUACUUCGUCAGUGAUAAACUGAAAACUGAGGAGGAACUGACUCAGUUCAAGGACUUUUUGUGCGUUUAUGUUGCGAUUCUAGAAAAUUAUCAACUGGACAUCGAGCCGCUGCUCAGAAUCUUGGGGUCCAUAUUCUCGAAGUUCUGUCGCAUAACAAGCAUCGCAUUCAAAAACGAAUUCGAGAUCUUACUUAAUGAUGACGACUUUAUGCCAUUAACUAUCAAUGAUCGCCACCUUUACGAAAAGGUGUUGAAAAUAUGCUGGAUGAAAGAGGAUGAGCUAGUGAAGAGCCAGAAAGAUGCCACAGAUGAAAACGGCGAGUUUGUUGUAACUUUACCUUUUUCUCCUCUCUAUCCAAUGACUUGUACCCUAAUGAAGAAGACUUAUGCAAAGCUGACAGGUUUUAUUGGUUUUUUCUAUCGCCAUGAUCUGCACACGCUGAGUAACACUCUAGUCAACACCAUAGAUUCUAUUUUCAGCAAGGUUGUGAAUGAAAAGAUAAGAGCAAAGCUGGACACAACCUCGAGGGAAGAAAUUGCGCAAAUUCUGAUAAAUUUGGACUACUUUAUCGUAGCUGCAAGAGAAUUCAGCCAUCUCAUGACUAAGGAGAAUAUCAUGCAAAACCCAACACUAGAAAUAAAAUUAUCAUCGAUAAAAAAGUACAUUGAGAGUCGAAAAUACGCCGAAACUAAGCUUAUCGAGCUGAUCGAUACGAAAGUUUCAGAUAUUUUAGAGACCGUGGAAUUGGACUGGAAUGCUACAGUGACUAGGACGGAACCCGAUAUCUCGAUCAUCGAUAUUGCGCAGUUUCUAGAAAUGAUGUUUUCUUCCACCUUGGUCAAUCUGCCCUAUAGUGUUCAAACUUUGCUGAUUUUCAGAGAGUUCGACUCAUUAACCAGACAAUUUCUAGAUAUUUUACUCCACGGUACUCCUGAGCAUAUAUCCCAAGAAAGCGUGCUGAAUUUCGAAGUCGACAUCAAGUAUUUGGAAAGCAUAAUACCGAGAAUAUUUCCUACGUCCGGCGAAGAUAGUUUCAACAAUGGCAGCGAGUUACAGUCUCCCGUGACGGCAACAUCUCCGACGUUUAAUGGAAUCGGUCGCUCAGUAAAUUCUAUUGAGAACAAUAUCAAGUCGCUUGAAGCAACUUUCACUGAGUUAAAGCAGUGCAUUGAACUGCUCAAGCAGGAUAACUUCACGGAAUACGCAAACCCAGAAGUUAGGCCAAGAAAGUAUCCUCGAGUGAAGCCAGAAGAUGCCAGCAUUCUGAUACGAAAGGCUCAAGUACGCUCGUCUACUGCGACUGCCUUCGAGGACGACAGCCGUGGCUCACUUGGCGAAGAUUCAACUGGUCGGGACCUGAGCUCAAGUAGCAGCAGAAUCGCCAAGUUUUUCAAUAGGCAUUGA